CUGGUGUAUUUUCCUGCAGGAAUAAUAAGAAAUAUCUAGACACUGGAGACAUUAUGCCGUGAAUUCCUCUUCAUACUUUAUUUUCAUCAAAUAUUCGCUUUAUUCACUUGAAGGUAUGGCGGAAGGGGAGGAGUCCAUGGGACAAGAGGACUGGAAGGGGAAAUGCUUGGUCCUAGAGGCGCUGCUCAUGAAGUUCAGAGUUCAGAUCAUCAAGAUUCGAGAACUCACCACUGACAAGAUUCAACAAUUGGAGACACAGGUGAUUGAUGCAGAAAAAAGGGCCUUCACCGCUCAGCAGCAGAUCCAGUGGAUGGAGGAGAAGUUGAAGGAUGCAGAUGUUCAGGCUGGAGACUCAGAGGUGCGUUUGUUUCAGCGGUGUCAGGAGCUGCAGGCUUUGGUGCAGGAGAAGGAUGAGGUCAUUGCUCAGUUGGAGCAGCAGCUGGAGGAGCAGAAACUGAUGCGACUUCAGGAUGCCAAAACAGUGGAGGAGAAAGCGGCUAAGAUCAAGGAAUGGGUGAUGCUAAAGCUGUCAGAGUUUGAGGUGGAGAACGCUGCAUUAAGAGAAACGAGCAAACAACAAGAGGCUCAGAUUCUGGAGCUGCAAAGCCAAGUUCAGGUCUUGGAGCAGAAGUCUGGUGAUGCAGAUCUGCUCAGACCAGGUGAGGCCCAACGUCUCAGCAGCUUGACAUUCGGCUGUUUCCAGGUGAGGGGCAAGAGUCCUCAUGUCCUUUCUGGACAGGCACCCUCUCAAAGGACCCUCAGCACCCAGCCAGAGACCGAGGACAGAGACAAAAUAGAGAACAGUGAUGUCCGCAGACCAGGUCAGACUGGACUUUUGGGUGAUCUGCUGAAGAAUGACACUGUCUCAGAAACCCCUGUGUGUGGACCAAAGUCAGCACAAGAGGAAGGAGGAGGUUGUGAGGGUCGAGGAAGAGACAAGGUGUGUCCUCAACAGUUCAGCCGCCCUGGCAGUGAGACCUACCUGACGGCCUCAGACGAUAGCAGCUCUUUGUUUGACGAUGACAUGCAGCGCACGGAGCGGCCCACCUUCAGUCUUUUGCGGUCAGAUGAUGAGCCACUGGGAGUGUGUACGAUAGAGGAAGAGGAAGCUGUUGGGGCCAAACUGGAGGACUGCACCUCAGAGGAGCUCAAUAAACGUUUCCGCUCACACACACUUGAGUCAUCGUCAUCUUCCAGUGAGCCCAACACCUCCAACCCCAUUAUCACACCAGCCCUCACCCCUAAAAGGCCCAAUCCACCUCAGGACAUGAAGGAUAACCUUGCCUUGCGUAAACAGCCUCGUCUGCGGACACCAGCAGGUUUUGGUUUGAUAAAUGUGGCUGUAGCCAAGAAACACCUGAGCCAGCCACCAAUCAGCUCAGAUGCAGCACAGGGACAAACACGAAAUGCCCUCAGCAUGCUGCGCCCUCUCUGCCCACAGGAAACAAACCUCAAGCAGGAUCAGGAGGUUGGCAUGGAGACAGGCAUGGAUACUCCUCCAGCCUGUCACAGCACACAAGCUACUCCUACAUUUCCAUCAUCACAGGCUUCACCGACCACACCUGAUCCUGGUACAGAGACGAGUCAAGAGUCGGACAACUCUGUGUCUGUCAUUAAGCCUCCCACACCUCCUUUGCACAGGCUGCCUUCCUGGGAGAGUCGUAUCUAUGCUGUGGCUAAAUCAGGAAUCAGACUGUCGGAGACGUCUUGCACAGACCCGGCUAGUAAAGACUCCUCUUUACAGUCCUCAUUUCCUGCCUUUGUGCUGUACACAUCACUCAUUUAUAAAAACAUGACUACACCAGUUUACACUACUCUGAAGGGGAAAGCCACUCUGCUGAGCAGCAGUCCAUUCUCAGAUGAGUUGUCCAGCUCUGAGGACUCAUCCAGCUCAGGAGAGGAGGACGGCUCCCUCUGCAGCUCUCACACUUCCUCCAGCUCCCGCAAAGACAGCAGCCCAGGCAGCCCACGUUCUCUAAAAAGAGCUGUGUCCAUGUCUUCAAUGACUUCAGAGAGUGACUACGCCAUUCCUCCUGAUGCCUACUCCACUGACACGGAGUGCUACGAACCUGAACACAAACUCCCCAAGACCUGUUCCACAGCCGGUGACAACGGAAAGACUGAACCAAUGGAAAAAUCAGGCUACCUGUUGAAAAUGGCAAAGACCUGGAAGAAAACAUGGAAGAGGCGCUGGUUUGUUCUUAAAGACGGAGAGCUGCUCUACUAUAAGUCACCUAGUAAUGUGAUCCGGAAGCCUCAGGGUCAAAUUGAGGUCAAUGCCACCAGCAACAUCACCCGAGGGGAAGGAAAACAAAUUCUACAGAUAAUGACGGGAAAGCUUGUUUACUACCUGAAGGCUGACUCGCCGAACCUGUUGGAGGAGUGGCUCAGAGUUCUGCAGAGUGUGCUCAGGGUGAAGGCUGCCAGUCCCCUCUUCACCCAGCCGGAUGUUCGUCCCGAUAUGAAAGGGUUCCUCAUCAAGGUGAAACACAACUACUCUAAACGGGUUUGGUGCGCCCUCUUUGGCAAAACGCUGUACUACUUUCGCAGCCAAGAGGACAAGUUUCCACUUGGACAGAUUAAGCUGUGGGAGGCCCAGGUGGAGGAGGUAGACACGUCCCAGGUUGAGGAUCUGAAGGUUUUGGGGCAAGGCAUACAGCUUGCCUCAUUCACAAUCUCCAUCCACCCACAAGACCAAGGGCUGACGUACCUGGUUAUCGAAUCUCAACAUGAGAAGGAUUCUUGGCUGUACCAUCUGUCUGUGGCAGCGGGUAUAACAAUGGGUAAAGUUGGCACAGAGUUCGAACAGCUAGUGGGAAAACUCUUCCAAAUAGAUGGUGAUCCAAACUCUCAGAUUUGGAGACACCCCAUGUUGUGUUUUAGUAAGGAGCCUCUGCUGUCUCCUCUCACCACGCUGCCCUCCCAGGCUCUGCAGACUGAAGCUGUUAAACUCUUCAAGACAUGUCAGCUCUUCAUCAACGUUGCCAUUGACGCUCCGGCCAUUGACUAUCAUGUGUCACUAGCACAGAGCGCCCUGCAGGUGUGUGUGACCCACCCUGAGCUCCAGAAUGAGCUCUACUGCCAGCUCAUCAAGCAGACCCGUAAGAGGCAGCCGCACGGACACCCUGGGCCGCUGCAGGCCUGGCAGUUCCUUGCCUUAUGUGUGGGAUUGUUUCUGCCUCAGCAUCCUUUCCUCUGGCUGCUCCAGGUUCACCUCAGGAGGCACGGAGACUCCAGAACUGAAGUGGGCAAGUACGCCAUCUACUGCCAGCGAUCCAUGGAGAGGACCCAACAGAAGAGUGAGAGGCAGGCCAGGCCAUCCAGAAUGGAGAUCCUCUCGAUCCUCCUACGAAAUCCUUAUCACCACUCCCUGCCCUUCAGUGUGCCUGUUCAUUUCCUCAACAACACCUAUCAGGUGGUUAGCUUUGAUGCAUCAACCACAGUGGAUGAGUUCCAGUGUCGCCUCAACCAGGAUACCGGAAUGCGAAAAAUGGGGCAGUCUGGUUUCAGUUUAUACAGCGAUGACCCUACUGGUCGAGAUUUGGAGCACUGCCUGCAAGGAGGCAUCAAGAUUUGUGAUAUCAUUUCUAAAUGGGAGCAAGCUUCUAAGGAGCAGCACACAGGCAAGUCUGAAAACAUCAGGACCAUCCGUCUCACCUGCAAAAACAGGCUUUACUUCUCUCUGCAGGUGAAGGGGGAGUCAGACAGGGAGAAGUUACUGCUGGCUUAUCAAACCAAUGAGGCCAUUGUAGCAGGACACUUUCCUGUCAACAAGGAACUCGCUCUUGAAAUGGCUGCUUUGCUUGCCCAGAUGGAGUUUGGGGAUUUUGAGCGUCCUUUCACUGCUCCUGGAUCUGCCCAAGCCAAGUCCAACCAAACACUAAAACAGGUUUUGGACAGAUUCUAUCCAAAACUCUAUCGCCGGACCACAUCUGAGGACCAACUGAGGCAACUGCUGCAGCGACUCUCCACACGCUGGGCCUCUCUCAGGGGUCGAAGUUCAACUGAGUGUAUCAGGAUCUACCUAACUGUUGCAAGGAAGUGGCCUUUAUUUGGUGCCACACUGUUUGAGGCUGAGUCCAUCACGCCUUCUCCAGAGCAGGGUGCACAUGUUUGGCUGGCAGUGCAUGAAGAUGGCAUCAGCGUACUUGAGCACAACUCCAUCAAACCACUGGUGUGCCACCCUUACAAGAACCUGAUGACUUUUGGAGGCUGCAAACAGGACUUCAUGCUGGUGGUGGGGCAAAGUACUGGUGCCAGUACAACCAAAGACAAACCUACAGAGAAACACCUGUUUGCUAUGGACACCUCAAAGAUCAGGGAGAUCACCCUCCUCAUCUCCAGUUUCAUCAACAGUGCUCAUCAGCAGAAGGCGGCCGCACACCAUCUCUCUGCGCCGGCCCUGAUGGUCGCUCAGCCUGUCAGUCUGAAGAGCAAAGAGCUGAGGAGCAAAUCACCACCAGCUCUGGGACGGCCCAGCAAAGCCCCCACACUGCUCUGACCUCUGACUCUAAAAACACUGUUUCAAACCCACCUUCUGAAAUGUGGGAAUAAAAUAACAGACAUGUUGUGUAACCAUGUGUAUCAUCAGGAGUACUUCUGCUUUCAAUGGUUCACCUCUACAAAGAGUGGUUCCCAGUGUCAGCCCUCGGGGAAAAGUCUUCUCUUUUUUCCCUCUCUCCUGCGCCAGCUGUUGAUUGGCUGAACACACUUGCUCAGGGUAAUGGAAAUAAUACGGUGCAUCCGGAAAGUAUUCACAGCAUUCACUUUUUUUCCACAUUUUGUGAUGUUUACAGCUGUUUUCCAAAAUGUUGUAAAUUCUUUUUUUUUCCCUAAAAAUUCAAC